GCGCCCCCGGUCUGUGCGCCUGGCUCUGACAUCAUUGGCUGCGGUUAUAGAUAUGGCCCUGCCGAUCCUGGGGACCGUCUAGUCUACUCAAGACGAACAGACUGCUCCACUGCCAUGUCGUUCUCUUGGUCUCCAAAAGAUAAUAAAAGUUGCAAUAAUCCGCCGGUCGCCACCGGGUUAAAGCGAUCAAGGAACGACACGGGCAAUAAAGUCACAGUGGUGCUUGGAGCGCAGUGGGGGGAUGAGGGGAAAGGAAAAGUCGUUGAUUUGUUGGCGACAGAAGCCGACUUGGUCUGCAGAUGCCAGGGGGGCAACAAUGCAGGACAUACAGUCGUGGUAGAGGGGAAGGAGUAUGAUUUCCACCUUCUCCCCAGUGGAAUCAUUAACUCAAAGAGUAUAUCACUUAUCGGGAACGGCGUAGUCAUACAUUUGCCCGGUUUGUUUGAAGAGGGCGAUAAGAAUGAGAAGAAAGGUCUGAAGGGCUGGGACAAGAGACUGAUCGUGUCUGACAGAGCACAUCUAGUAUUUGACUUUCAUCAAGUUGUGGACGGCCUGCAAGAAACCCAGAGACAAGCGCAAGAAGGAAUAAACAUUGGGACGACCAAGAAGGGUAUCGGACCCACCUACUCCAGCAAGGCCUCCCGCACUGGCCUGCGUGUGUGUGACCUUCUGGGGGACUUCAAAGACUUCUCGGCCAGAUUCAAGAACCUUGUCAAGCAGUAUCAGUCCAUGUAUCCAACCUUGACAGUGGAUGCUGAGGACCAACUGAAAAAACUCAAGGAGUAUGCAGAGAGAUUGCGACCAAUGGUGAGAGACGGUGUGUACUACAUGUACGAAGCUAUCCACGGGUCCCAGAAAAAGAUUCUGGUGGAAGGCGCCAAUGCUGCUCUUCUGGACAUUGACUUUGGUACAUAUCCUUUCGUGACAUCAUCAAACUGCACCGUCGGCGGGGCAUGCACCGGCCUGGGAAUCCCCCCCCUGAACAUCGGUGAUGUGUUCGGGGUCUCCAAAGCCUACACCACCAGGGUCGGCAUAGGAGCAUUCCCGACCGAACAGGUCAAUGCAGUGGGGGAAUUACUUCAGACCCGGGGUCAUGAGAUAGGGGUCACCACCGGAAGGAAGCGCCGCUGUGGCUGGCUGGACCUGGUCAUCCUCAAAUACGCUCACAUGAUCAACGGUUUCUCCGCAAUUGCCUUGACAAAACUCGACAUUCUGGAUGUGUUGGAUGAGAUUAAAGUUGGAGUAGCAUACAAAAUCAAUGGCAAAAGAAUUCCCCAUUUUCCAGCCAACCUAGAGGUUCUGCAGAAGGUGGAGGUUGAGUACGAAACCUUCCCUGGUUGGAAGUCCGACACAGCGGCCGCGAGGAAGUGGAAUGACCUCCCACCCAAAGCCCAGAACUACAUCCGAUUCAUCGAGAACCACAUCGGAGUCCCCAUUAAGUGGGUCGGUGUUGGAAAGUCCAGAGAGUGCAUGAUCCAGAUGUUCUAAAAUCAACACCUUCCCCUGGCAUCGAAUCAAGCCCCACGGAUAUGACCUAAUAUCAAGUUUCUCAUGCGCAAAUAAAUAAAGAUCAAUACAUAAACAAUGUAUUUCUAUUUAUAAAUACAUAAACAACACAUCAGCUGAACAGGAACCCAAAUUAUCUUGUGACGUUGACAAUAUAGUUUGUUUGGGUUAGUUACUUUACUGCUACACAGUCGUGCCCCAGCAACAACACAAUCGUAAUUAGUUUGAAAUAAAGGUUAUGUUUAAUAUUUUAAUCCAGGUUUGUUUUCUGUCAAGUCUGAUCUGGUGGUUAUAAUUCGAAGUAAAAAUGUGUUCAGUGGCAAAUUGUGAUCCUGAUGUGAGCUAAUAAAAAACACUGCUGGACCCCUG